ACUGAUGAUGGUUUUGUAUGUGCAUGGGGAGUAUGCUAGAUUGCUCGUACUAUUGACAGUCAUUUUCACGAACAAAUCGUGUGCAGGGCGCCUCUGCCUCACAGUUUGCUGUUGGGCGCUUGUACUGCAUUUCACUUUCAGUCUUCAGACAGCUCAGGGCCUCAGGCUCUUUCGUACUCUUUCGUCCAACUUCAUAUAGUAUAUUGCACGGGCUCACAACAGGCUUCCUGUCUGCUGUGUUUUCGUGUUCUAUUCCUCCAUGUUGCGAAAUGUCAGUCCAUCGCUUUCUGCGGCCCAACGUUGUCUUCGAACUCCAUCUUCACGUUUGACCUCUCGCCUCUUUGUGACUGCAGUCGAGGCAUCGUCUUCCACAUCGUCUUCCACAUCGUCUUCCACAACAACGAUUCACUCAGAUGCACCGCGUACCAAUACAGGUGGAUAUGUCUCAAAGAACCGAGCUGGCGCACAAAGAUCUCAAAAACGCCAUUCUCCUCUCGCUGACGGUCAAAAGCCUUUACUGCGACCCUAUGUUCUCUCUCAGAGGCUCCGAAAGUUGGUGGAAGCAGGAAAUAUUGAAGAGGCGGUAGAAAUGCUCAAAACAAGUCCACAAGAUGCCCAAACUGUAGCGGUUUGGAACACUAUGGUGCAUCUUCUGCUUCGGGAGCGUAAAUAUCAAGCUUCAUACCAGCUUUACAUUGAUAUGAAACGUCGUGGGUUUCAUCCGAAUAGCAGAAGCUACACCACCAUAUUCACUGGCCUAUCAUCUAUCGAAAAUUGGGACACUCAUUCCAAACAGCUUGCCAAUGCUCACAACAUCUAUGAACAUUACUUGCAGUAUAUUGAAACGCUCCGAAAAGCGGACUCGAAUCACGCUGAUAUCAACAUUACCCCCAUCAAUGCGUACAUGACCGUUCUAGCAAGAGCCCGUUGCUAUCAAAAGAUGUUCGACGUUUACAACUCCUUAGAGUCCAGGGGCCGUUUGGCUCCGGAUCGUGUCACGUAUAGCAUCAUUUUCUCUGGUUUGUUGCAUAGAGGGCAAGACGACAUAGACAGCAAAAUACCCGUCGACAUACAGAAUGCCUCAGAUACAAGGCUAUUGUGGAAGCAGAUGCUAAAAUCUGCAGAAAGAUCUCCCGAAUUCACUAUCGACUCGUAUGUUGUCGCUCCCGUCAUUCGCAUACUCGUCAAGGGUAGCCCAAGCGAUCAACUGUUCGCCUUCGAUAUCAUACGAGAUUACUUUGGCUUGUCCAAACCCGGCGAUCCACCCGUGGAACCCAAGUUGCCACUCGAUCCUCGUAUGCUCACAAUUGCUUUGGAAGCUUGCAACGCAGCACGCAAGUUCCGGUUAACCGUAUACUGGGGGCAGCAAAUAACGGAUAAACAGCUUAAAAACAACGAGGAAACUAUACUCCGUGCGAAGCAUAUAGAGCAUAUGAUCUUUGCGUACGCUUCUAUGGCCGCCAUGGGGUCCAUGAACGAAUCACAACAAGCUUUGGACAUUUUGCAAUGGGCGAUCACUCAAUCGGCUUUGCACGACAUGCCAGAACUUCGGCCGGCCGAGUUCGCAUACCAUUGGGCCAUGGCCGCUUGUUGGCGCUGCGCAGAUUGGAAUGCUGCCACGCGAGUCUUCGAACUCAUGACAGGUUAUCAUGCAGCCGACUUCAUGGACGGAAUGGAACGGCAUAUAAAGCAGGAACAGCGGUCGAAAGGGUUGAACAUCAUUCCACAUAGCCAAACCCUCUCCCUAUUAGCUCGGACAGCGCAUGCAACACAAGAUCGUGCUAUCAUGCGUCAAUGUCUACGCAUCUUGACGCGGUUUGGUGCAGACCACCUCUUCGUCAAUGGGGUAGGCUGGCCACAGUAUAGCGAGUUCUACAGGAGGAAAAGUGCGGAGUCUGCUAUUCGACUAGUCGAUGCAGUGAUGCGCAAGGGCAAGCCGGCUCCGGAGAUUCGGCCGGGUGAGGCUGUCAGAUGGUUGGCGUUGAAGGGGAGGGCAAGGGAGGUGCUACAGCAAACUUCCGGGUCGAAAUUGCCCAUGCCUGAUUUAGAAGAAUCGCUACUAGGUACUGAACGUGAUUUAGCCAAGACGGAAGAGCAAGUCAACCUCAAAUACGCUGCCCGGACUUCAGCUCCCAAGCUUCAUUAGGAUGCUUUAUGUUGUGAUACCUCUACCAUACAUUGUCCUGCUUACUCUUGGCUGAGUAUAAUGCAAUGACGCAUCACGCUUUAG